AUGAAAUCGCGCGGCGGCCCUGCCCGGCGGCCGGCGGAGGAGGACGGCGCAGCCCCCGCCGCGGCUGGCAGGGCAGCGGGGACUCACGGGGGGCUCCGGUCCCGGAGGCGGAGAGGCGCGGAGCACGGCCCUGCGACCCGGGAGCGCCGACCGCGAGCGACUGGGGGCUGCGCGGCCCGCCCCUCCCCGCCCCUCCCCGCGGGCCCCCUUAAGACCGCGGAGCCCACAGCCAGGCCGCGCCCAGACGAGCCCUGCAGAGGGGGCUGCUCCACGUCGGGCGCCCGGGGACGGAGCCGUGAGGCCCGCGCGGCCCCCGGCGCCCGCGGUAAACCGAGAGCGGAGGCUCCCGCGCCGCAGUCCCGCUCGGGGAACCCCAGGAGGACGCGGUGCGGCGGGCCGGGCAGGGCAGCCGGAGGGGCCGGAGGGGCGGCCCCGCGCCCGAGCAGGGCGGCUCCCCAGCUCUGCCGACGCGGGCGGCGGGUACCGGCCCGAGCGGCGCUGCACGAGCGCAGGAGCCGCGUACCCCCCGCGGCCUGCGCGCCCCUCGGCGCCCCGCCGUCGCCCCACGGCCGCGCCGCAGGCCUCGCCUCCGCGCCGGCGCUCGGACGACGAGAAGGCGACCGCGGCUGUUACCUGCGGUCCCUGCACGGUCCCCCGCGGGCUCGCGAAACCGAAGUUCGGCCGCAGGCGGCCCAGGCGCCCGCCACGGCGACCCUUUCCGACCCUACUGAACUCCGGGCGCGAGCUGAUCAUGUCACUUCCGCCAGGACCGCCCUCGGCUUCAGCAGGCUACGGACGCCGGAGCGGCGGCCAUGGGAAGUGUUGGCGCCCGGGCACUUCCGCUGUUCGCCCGAGCGCCGGGCGGAAGGGCGAGGAGGCGCCGGCGGAGGCCCCGGCCGGAGCUCUUCCUAA